UGAUCCACAGAUGCACAGGUGCUCUGUGGAAUGAUCAGACCCUGCUGCAUGAGUCCCUUCUCUUUUGCUCCGAGUCUACAUUGGGCUCCAGUCAGUUUUGCAUCAGUGUCACCUUCACAAGGCUGGAAGGUUGGGGUGGAAAAGAUGGCAGAAUAUAACAUCGCAUCUUCACAAUACCUAUCAUAGUAUUUUGUUGUUUUUGUUUUUUUUUUACCAGAUGUAGCACCAGUAGUGCCACAGUUGAAACAACUAUCAAAAGAUGAUGAUUUCACAUUUAGUGCACAGUCCUAAAACCUUGAGACUAGUUAACAUGAAACAUUCAGCUAAUUAUUGUUGUUUAAUACUAUUUAUGUCCGUGAUAUAAUCUGCAAACCUUAUAGUACUGCAGUAUGUAAUAAAACGGCGAUAAAUUAUCAAUACCGCUCAGCUUGCAAGAAAUCCCAUAUGAAUGGGUUUUUUGAAAUCCUUGGUUGUUAUUUUCAUACUUAAGACAAAAUUAGCAAGGAUCUUGCAGCUCUUGAAGUUCGUCCAGUUUGAAAUGUUCAUCACUGUUGGUCACACGUAACUCCAGUGAAGGAAACCAGACACUGGAUGUAUCCUCUGAAGCUACACUUCAGGCAGCAGAAAAGUCCAGAUCCAGAAGUGGAUGUGCCUAUCAUUGAGGAAGGAACUGUUGCCUCAGCCAGCGACCCAUCGGCUAUCGCAACAAUCCAGUCAGCUGCCACAUUUUCAGCUGAUCAGCCAAUCAAGUACCUUUUCAAAACGGAGGGAACAGCAGGGCAGGUGACGUACCGGGUGAUCCACGUGGCUGAUGGACAGGUGGAGGCCCAGGCAGAUGGAGCUGCAGCUGUUAGUGUGGUUGCUGGCUUCCCCACGGCCACCCAAGCUGCGACACCAAAUAUAACGCAGGCUGUAUUCUCUCAGGCUGAGGGACUUGAAGGAGAGGCCACCGAGACUCACUACUACUAUCCGGCCACCAUCGCUGCCGACACCACCCCUGCUACCAUGGUAACCAGUGUCCAUGCGGCUGAUUCGCUGCUCACCCAGCCCACUCCAGCAGGUCAACUCUACGUGAUGAUGUCAUCCCAGGAUGUAUUAGGAACAGCCCAGCAGAGUAAGAAAGAAACCCCACGUACUUCGAGAGAUGACAAGAGAAGAGCACAGCACAAUGAAGUGGAACGCAGACGCAGGGACAAAAUCAACAACUGGAUUGUCCAGCUGUCCAAAACCAUCCCAGACUGCUCCAUGGACUCGACCAAAAACGGCCAGAGUAAAGGGGGGAUCUUGUCGAAGGCCUGUGACUACAUUCAGGAGCUGCGCCAAAGCAAUGCUAGAUUAGGAGAGGAGCUAGAAACGCUGGAGAGACUGAGGAUGGACAACCAGCUGCUCAGACGAGAGCUGGAAGAGUGGAAAUCUAAGAACCAGAUGCUCAGAACUCAGCUACGGCAGCAUGGUAUCGUAGCAGCCUCAAGCAUGGACCCUCAGUGAAGCCCUUUAAGGCUUCACUUACUUGCCUUUCAGCUCAUAAAAUAGGACGAAGUUGGGAAUUGUUUAGAGAGAAAUGAACCCAGAAAAGCCUGUGAGCCCAGAUAACGCUGCUUCUUCUCUCAGUGAAUGACUUCAUCCUCAACCACAGGCGAUUAGGGGGACUUUUUACAGAGUAUGAUUUCUCAGUUAGACACCUUAAAGGAGUACUCUAGCUUUUUCAGCCUAAUCUCUGCCUGCCACACCUGUAGCAUACAAUUAAAUUCAUAGAUAAUUCUGACACCUUUCUCUGUACUUAGAACAGAAACAGAAACCUGUUGACCUUGAAACUCAGUGAAGCUGAAGCGCCUGUCUGUUGGCUUCUGUUAUAAUUUUCAUUCAGUACAAUUUUUCAGUUCUUUUCUAAAUCCAGGGAAAUUGUUCUCUCUUGUAAUCAACUGUGUACUACAGAUGUGAUGCAAGGAGAUCAGGUUGAAAAAUCCUACCAUGUUCUUUUAAGCCUAAAAGUAAGACUGUCUGACUUCUUACUGGACAUGUCUUCACAUUGGGCUUAAAGCAGCACUGUGUAAGAUUUUGUAAGUCUUUUUUGCUAAAAUUGAAAGGGGUAGCAUUACUGAGUCAGGAGAAAGAAAAACAAGUGUGUACGCUGCUGCAAGUCACCCUUUAAAACCUGGAAUAAUUCAAACAGGAGUCUGGUCGGCUUUUGGAAGAGUUUUUCAAACCAUGUCAUACGUCUUAAUAAUGUAAUAACGUCAUGUUUAAAAAGAAAAUCUGGCUCUGUGUUUAGGUCUCAAAUGCACAUGAUGACGAUAGUAAAUAAUUAACUUGCAUCCUUGGAAGACACAUCCUUCACCAAGUUUUGAGUUCUCUUUUGGUAACCAACACGCUCGUAAUCAUCCGAUCAGCCACUGUUACAAGUCUUUGUUCCAUGCAUUUCCACAUUUCCGCCAGAGAGGUCUCGAAAUCCCCGAAUCAUGCAUAGUGCAGCUUUACUAAGAAAUCAUGCUCUUUGAAAUAACCCCAAAAUUAAUGUCAGGUGUAUCUGAACUGCACUGAAAUACUUUUUAUAUGUUUUUCUGUAGCAAGAACUAUCAGGUGUCUGAAGAAUAUUUCUCUUUUGUGAAUCACUGAAGAAUAGAUCUAUAGUUUGGAGCUUUUUUUUUUUUUUAAAUGUUGCAAAUGGAAAUAGAAAGUGAAGUUUUUUUGUUUUUAGGCGAAUAGAAAGUGAUGGCGUUUGUGCUGUGAAAAUAGUCUGAGUGAAGGGAUGGAACUGGAGACAAUCUGUUGAACAAGUUUAUGUAAAUAAACAGAAUAAUUCAAGUGAGCAAAUUUACAAAGAUUUGUUAUUGAUUCAGAAACAUUAUUUGCAAAAAGAUGACAUUUUGAACUGGACAACAGGGUCGAGUUUCCAUGAUUUAUUUUAUUUGGCUACAUUUAGAAAAGACAACUAUAUAAUACGUGUUUCACAUUCAUAUGCAUUACCUAAAAACUUUAUCAAAUUCAAGAAAGUUGAAUGAAAUAUAUAAAUAUAUAUAUGUAUGUGUGUGUAUAUGUAUAUGUACACACACACUAAUAUAUGUAUGUAUGUAUAUGGUCUAAAUGUAGUUUAGGUUAGCUGUUUUUGCUUAGCAAAUGUUUCAUUAUUUCUGGCCACAUGGUACUAUGUUUUAAGUUAUUGUGUUUUAAAUGAUGUUUGGGACAUUGUGGGACUUACACAAAUGUUUAAACAUUUCUACAUAAUUCAGUCAUUGUAAACAAUUGAAUUAUGUAGAUACAUGUAAACAAAGUUCUGUUUUUUUUGUGUUUUUUUUUAAAAGUGGUGGUGAUAAGAAACCAGUGUUCAUUGUGCCUACAACACAAAAUGACCUAUUCUAAUUACUAUCCAAAACAACCAGUAAUGAUAAUAAUGGUGAACUAGUGGUGAAACGCAUUAAAAAAAAACUUGUCUUACAGCCCUACAUGUACCAAGUGCCAAGGCCUUCAAUCUGGAUUAUGGUUAAACAGUGUAUCAGACAUCAACAUUGAUUUUAUUUGCAGACCAGUUUUCCUUGCACUGUGCAGGAACCUCUUUACAAUUUACACGAAUAUCUUCCUGACGAACUGUGACCAAAUGUUAAUUCAAACAACAUAAAACAGCAUCUCCGACAUUGGGCAGUGUAUUUAUAACGAUUUUAAAUGAGAACUUUUGGAGGGGUAGCUUUUAGAGGCAUAAAACUCUUCAGACAUCUGAUUCCUAUCUCCACCACUGUGAACAAUUCUGAGUUUAAGCUUCUCUAAAAUGAAGCUUUUCAUGCCAAACCAAUCAAUGUCUUUCUUUCCAUCCUAAAGAUGGAAUUAUGCAGACGUUUAGAAAAAAAUUGAUGGAAUUCCUCUUUAAGUCUACAUACCAAGAGCGAAGUCAGGGGAUAUUGUGUAAUUAAAGUAAAAAUGUUUGUACUACUUUACUUUUUCCCAAUUCAUUUAUCCAUUGUUUGUAACACACUUGUUUUUAUUAAAUCAGAUGAAAUUAA